AUGAAGCUCUCGAUGUCUCUUCUGGCCCUAGUGGCCACUAGCAUUGGGUCGGCGCAAGCCGCUGCCAUCAAAAAAGAUAACGCGGGGCAACACCCCCUCGAGAUGAACUCCAACUUUGGGGACGUUUUCGUGGAGAAGGGCAAGUCUUUGCUUGACCGUGUUUCUGAGGUUGUGAGCGAGUCGUCCAAAAACAUUUCUCCAGAAUUGAAGGAGAUUUGGAGUGAAAUGGAGGCCAAGUUCCCAGACACGCUCAGGAACAUGAAGCUCAAGUCAGAGCCGGCAGUCAAAAUUACAAAGAAACCUGCCGACUUCUGGGACUUCAAUGUUCUCAAUGAGAAAUUCUCCAACUACAAGCUGAGGGUUAAGAAGACAGACCCUGGAGCAUUGGGACUUGACCACACAAGACAAUACUCUGGAUACUUGGAUGUGGAGGACGAGGAUAAGCACUUCUUCUACUGGAUGUUUGAGUCCAGAAACGACCCGGCCAACGAUCCUGUGAUUCUGUGGCUGAACGGUGGUCCAGGAUGCUCCUCCCUGACGGGAAUGCUCUUUGAGCUUGGCUCUGCUUCCAUUGGUCCAGACCUCAAGCCAAUCAACAACCCAUAUUCGUGGAACAACAACGCCACCGUGAUUUUCCUUGACCAGCCUGUCAAUGUUGGAUUCUCCUACUCUUCCAAGUCCGUCUCCAACACAGUUGCAGCUGGUAAAGAUGUCUACGCUUUCUUGGAACUGUUCUACCAGCAAUUCCCGCACUUGCUGAAGAACGACUUCCACAUUGCAGGUGAGUCGUAUGGUGGCCAUUACAUCCCUGUGUUUGCCUCUGAGAUUCUCACGCAUGCCGACAGAUCUUUCAACCUCACCUCGGUGUUGAUUGGCAACGGUUUGACCGACCCACUUAACCAGUACCCAUUCUACGAGAGAAUGGCUUGCUCGACUGAUGGUGGCUACGAGCCAACACUGGACGAGUCUGAGUGCGAAGGAAUGUUGGACACCUUGCCUAGGUGUUUGUCACUGAUUGAGUCGUGCUACAGCUCGCAGUCCGUGUUCUCUUGUGUUCCUGCCUCCAUCUACUGCAAUAACGCACAACUUGGACCAUUCCAAAAGACCGGCAGAAACGUCUACGACGUCAGAAAGAUGUGCGAAGGAACUCUGUGCUACAAGGACAUGGAAUACAUCGACCAAUACCUCAACCAGGACUUUGUCAAGGAAAAGGUCGGUGCUGAGGUUGACACUUACGAGUCGUGUAACUUCGACGUGAACAGAAACUUCCUGUUUGCUGGUGAUUGGAUGAAACCAUACCACAAGAACGUUAUCAACUUGCUGGAGCAAGGUCUUCCUGUCCUGAUCUACGCAGGAGACAAAGAUUUCAUUUGCAAUUGGCUCGGAAACCAAGCCUGGUCGAAUGAGCUCCCAUGGUCCGGACACGACGACUUCGAGUCGGCUGAGCUGUACAACCUCACGUUGAACGAUGGCACCACGGUCGGUGAGGUCAAGAAUGCUGGCAAGUUCACCUUUGCUAGAAUGUUUGAUGGAGGACACAUGGUUCCAUACGACCAGCCUGAAAGCUCUUUGGCCAUGGUCAACAGAUGGAUUGCUGGUGACUACUCCUUGGGAACCAAGAAAUAA